AUGUCUUCAGUAUUCAGAGACUUGAUUGAAGGAGAAUGUGCCGAACCCAAUGCAAUCGGCAACUUUGUCAAUCAAUUCACAAGUGACAGAUCUGGAAUGUAUCAUCAUGGAUGGGAGCGCGAGCAACAUCAACAUCAACAUCAACAUAAUAGAUUCCCUCAAGAUCAUCUUGAUGAUGAACAGAGACACUUUGAUGAUAUAUUUGAACAAGCAAACUAUGAUGAUAAUGACUUUGACGCUAUGUUGGAUAGGAAUAAUAUGAGGAUGCCACCUGGUCAUAUUCAUGAGAAUCAAAUGGAGCUACAUCUUGGCUCAUCGACAACACCAUCCACUCUAACAGGUGAACUGAAACACUUCUUCAAAGACUUCCUACUCUCAUCACAGGCACAUCACUUGAUGCCACCAAUACCAUUACAAGGAGAUGUUAGAUUGACUAAUGGAGAUAAGAUGAAGAUAAGGAAUAGAAGUGAAGUACUUAUAAGACAUAUGAAUGAGGGUCAAGACAAGUCAUAUGAGAAUGAUCAACUUGGUAGACUGUUUGAUGCGCUUGGCAUCGAGCAUCAAGAAUCAUUCGACGACUUUGACACUGCAUGGGGAAAUGACAACAUCAACAACAUGGAUAAUGGACUGGCCAGAGACAGCAUUGGCAAUCAUCAAUGGCAGGACGAAACAUUCGCACAUGGUGUGCCAGACUAUCUAGACAGGGAAGAAGAUGACGACCAGCAGGAGGACUACGAGGACGAGGACUAUGAACAAGCAUGGGACCGAGCACACUUGGAGGACGAGGAGGAGGACUUUGAUGAUUAUGACAACCAAUGGAAUGAGGACAAGGAUGACUUCAAUCCAUUCGAAAGUGCAUGGCGUGCCGGCGAGGAUCACUCUGUGGAGGCGGCUUGGGACGAGGUCGCCCGAAAGACCUUUGACGACCCAAGACUGAGGCGCAACAAUCUAAUGAGUCGAUACAACACUGGCGAGUCAGAGCAGCGCUGGGUCGAGGACUACGAUCAAUUCCAAGGCACAGUGUCUGACGAACGACUACAAGAGUAUCAAUUCGUUAUUGAUCAUGCGAGAGAUGAGGACACAUUUGAAUCUGGCAUGAAUCUGUUUGACAAGGGACUGAUCGCUGACGCCAUCAUCUCGCUGGAGAGCGAGGUCAUGCGCAACCCGACCAACUCUGAAGCAUGGAUGUACCUUGGCAUGGCUCAUGCUGAGAAUGACAAAGAUCAACAAGCCAUCACAUGUCUACUCAAGUCCAUCAAUCUUGAUCCAACCAGUCUUCAAGCGAGGAUGGCACUGUCCGUGAGCUAUACCAACGACUUCCAAAGGGAAAGAGCUUUGGAGACUCUGGUUGAAUGGUUGAAGAACAACCCUUCGUAUAGACAUAUGAAUGUGAACAUGCCAGAGGCAGACGAGAAUGAGUUUAUGGACACUUGGACAAGACAUAGACAUGUGUCCGAACUGUUCUUGGAGGCUGCGAGAAUGCGACCCAACAAUUCGGACCACGACGUGCAGACUGCACUGGGUCUGCUCUACAACAUGUCCUACGAGUAUGAUAAAGCGGUCGACUGCUUCAAGGCCGCCCUGCAGAACAAUCCAAGCGACUACCAACUUUGGAACAAGCUGGGCGCGACACUGGCCAACAGCAAUCGUAGCCAGGAGGCACUUGGCGCAUACUUCCAAGCACUGGAACAGAAGCCAAGUUAUGUACGCGCUCGCUCAAACCUUGGAAUCAGCUAUCUGGCACUGAACAUGUAUACAGAGGCUGCACAGACGUUCUUGGGCGCACUGUCCAUCCAUCCCGAGGCAGUACACAUCUGGGACAACCUCAAGAUGGUCUUCCGACUAAUGGAGCGCAAUGACCUCGUUGACAAGGCUGACAACAGGGAUGUCAACGACUUUGUCCAAGACUUUAAGUUCAUGUAG